UAGAAAAGGUUUGUCAACAGUCAUAAUAUUUCUCCAGACUAGGAAGUUUCCCUGGAAAAAUAAGAGCAACUUCUGAAAUUGCAACCAAAAAACAAGAACAGAAACCUAAAUUCAAUUCAAUUCCUCUUGAUUUUCAGAAACCUACCCGUUUUCAAAUCAAUUCCUCCUGAUUUUCAAAAAACCUUUUUUCAAUUCCUCUUGAAGAUUCAGAAACCCAUUUCAAAUCCUCUUGAAGGUUUAGUGAAUUGGGUUUUUUCUUUCUCUGCAGAGAGAAAAACGAUCGAGUCGAUGGCGGGUCUCGUUGAAGGGGCUCUUUUGGGAGCAUCAACUGGUGUGUUACUGAAAGCUGUUCUGGAGUACAUAGACGAAGUCAUGGAGUACGAUCAAAACCUCGAAGGUUUCGAAUCAAGAGUGAAUUUAAUGGAACCAAUGAUACGUGAGAUUGAGGAGUUUGGCAGAGAAUUGGACGUUCCCGAGGAAGAAACCAAAAUGUUGACCGAUCGUCAGCAAGAGUCCCAAAAUCUCAUCGGCAGCUGCUCGAAAACCCGGCGUUGGAAUAUCUUCAAGAGGGCUUCCAAGUCGAAAAAAAUAAAAAAAUUGGAAGAUUCUCUUGUGAAAUUCUUUCAAACCUCUGGGCAAGUUGUGCAGAUAAGGGACAACAAAAAAAUUCUGGUGAAGCUUAAUGAGAUAUAUUCAAUAUUGAACAGACGGGUUUGUGGUCCGAGUGCGUGUGGAGCUCCAGCUCCAGAAUUUACAGUUGGAUUGGAUGUGCCUCUUCACGAAUUGAGGACGAUGGUGUUGCGAAAGGACCUAAAAGAAGAAGAUGCAAAGGUGGUUGUGCUUUCGGGUCCGGGAGGAUGUGGGAAGACAACAUUAGCGAGCAUGCUCUGUCAGGAUGCUGAAAUUAAAGGCAUAUUUAGGAACAAUAUUUUCUUUGUCACUUUUUCAAAGACACCCAACCUCAACGUCAUUGUUCAGAAAAUGUUUCAACAUAGGAGUUUUCCGGUGCCCAAUUUUCAAAGUGAUGAUGACACAAUCAUCCAACUAGAAAACUUGUUGAAGGAAAUAGGACCAGAUCCUAUAUUGUUGGUCUUGGAUGAUGCAUGGCCUGGAUCAGAAUCCCUUAUUGAGAAGUUCGAGAAAAAAAUUCCUGGAUACCGAAUAUUGGUUACAUCAAGAUCUGAAUUUCCUAGAUUCGAUUCAACAUAUAAAUUGAAACCAUUGAAUGAUGAAGAUGCCAUGGCUCUUUUUCGUCACUCAGCAUUUCGGCAUGGUAGGAGCAUCACCAUACAAGACAAUCUUGUCCACGAGAUUGUGAGAAGCUGUAGGGGAUCCCCACUAGCCCUUACAGUGGUUGGUGGAUCACUCCGUGGACAAGAGGAGGUGAUCUGGGAACGUACACUGGAGCAAUGGUCUAAAGGACAAUCCAUUUUUGAUUCCCACGGUGAUCUGCUUAUUCGUCUCGCAACCAGCAUAGAUGCCUUGAACAAAAAGACUGAUGUCAAGGAGUAUUUCCUGGACCUAUGUUUAUUUCCUGAAGAUCAGAGGAUCCCUGCAACGGCUCUAAUGGAUAUGUGGAUGGAACUGUACAACCCGGAUGAAAUUAGCAUAGAUGCCCUUUCCAAAAUCCAUGAACUAGCCUCCCGUAAUUUGGUUAAUCUUUUGUUGACAAGGAAAGAUGCAAGUGGGAUUGAUGGAUACUAUAAUGAGCAUUUUGUCACGCAGCAUGAUCUGCUCAGAGAUCUGGCCAUCUACCAGAACAACCAAGAGUGCACUGAACAGAGGAAAAGAUUAAUUAUGGACAUAAGAGGAAAUGACCCCCCCAAGUGGUCCAUUGAACAAAUACAGCCGUUUCAUGCCCGCCUCUUGUCUAUCUCGACAAUGCGUGCAGAUGAAACAUUCUCCUCAAGCUGGAACAACAUGUUCUCCUCAAGAUGGUUCACUUUUCUAUACAAAUCAUUGCUUUACGGCAAAAAAUACAAGCAUCUACCUGAAGUUGAAGUUUUAAUAUUGAACUUCCAGACAAAGAACUACAGCCUGCCCAAAUUCAUGGAGGAAAUGGAUCACCUGAAGGUUCUCAUCAUCACAAAUUAUGGUUUCUACCCAGCUGAACUAAGCAACUUUCAGCUACUUGGUCUUUUAUCCAGUCUAAAGAGAAUCAGACUAGAGCAUGUUUCAGUUUCUUUCCUUAGUGAUUCCAGAUUACAGUUCAGGAAUUUGAGGAAGAUAUCUUUGGAUAUGUGUAAAAUUGGGGAGACCUUUACGAACUGUACCUUCAACUUCGCCCAUAUGUUCCCAAAUCUUGUGGAGAUUGAUAUUCACUGUUGCAAUGAUCUGGUGGAACUGCCUGAGGGGCUUUGUGAUCUUAUCGGCCUUACGAAGCUCAGCAUCACUAAAUGUAAUGACCUGGUUGCUCUUCCCCCAAAACUUGGAAUGCUAACAAAUUUAGAAGUGCUGAGGCUUCAUUACUGUACUGGACUAAAGGGUUUGCCAGAGUCAGUUGUAAGCCUCCAUAAAUUAAGGAUCCUUGACAUAUCUGAUUGCCUAAACAUCAGUGAAUUGCCAAUACGGAUAGGUGAGCUGCGUGGUCUGGAAACGCUCAACAUGAGAGGUUGUGAAAUGGAUCACUUGCCACCAUCAGUAAAGGAUCUUGAGGAUUUAAAGGAUGUGAUAUGCGAUGAAGAGACUGUCAAUCUUUGGGAACCUUUUAAGAUUCAUCUCAACAAUGGAAAGAUAACUGUUCUUAAAGAAGACAAAAAUCUUAACUGGCUUUCCAGUCUCCACCAUUGAGAAACCUUGGUGUGAGAAAAUGGUGUAGAACCUCAGGUAAGGCACCAAUGAAGUAAGAUUGAGAUUUCAGCGAAUGUUCGUCGUACUUGCUUUAGUCUUUGCUUUAGUCUUGUUUCUCUGAUUCUAGUAUGAUAAACUUGAUUUGUGAAGAAUAAUGUAAUUAUGGACUUGUGUUUUCAUAACAAUGUAAUUACGAACUUGUGCUUUUUCCUGUUAUUGUUGUUGUGGAUGUUUUGAAGUGAGAGGAAUAAUGUAGUUAUGAACUCGUGUUUUCCCUGUUAUUGUUAUUGAGAAUGUUUUGAAAA